UUUCAUUCAUUUUUUUUAGAAAGAGAGGAGAAGAGAGAGAAAGUGAAGGGCAAGCAAACUGUUCUCUUCCACUUCUUGAAACCCUAGACCUCUCUUUCGAUCCUUCUCCAUCAAACCCUACUGUUCUUCCCCCUUUCUCCUCCAUUUUUUCACCUUCAUUUCUUCUCCGUUUCCUUCGAUAUUCCCUAAUCCAAAUGACUUCCUCUGAUUUCCGCGCCUAAAUCAAACCCCUAAUCUCUCUGUCUUCUUGCUCCCCAAUCCAGGAUUCGCCGCCGAGUUCUUCUUUUGGUUGAAUUUCAAUUCACGAGCUUUCAUUCGUUGAAGACAUGUAUAGGGAUCGAGGAGGCGGAGGAGGAGGGAUUGGUGGUUCUUCGAAAUCGGAGAUCGUAGGUGGUACCUUGGAUCGGAAGCGUAUCAACGAUGCUCUCGAUAAGCACCUGGAGAAAACCUCUCCAUCUACUUCAAGAGGUCUUCAUAGUAAGGAGAAGGAGAGAGUCUCUGUGCCCUCGACUUCGGCUGGUAAACCACAGCUUGAUCAUCGUUCUUCGUCUCUAUCCAAGAAUAAAUGUUCCGAUGAGGAAUCUGAAACAGACAGCGAAGAAUCAGAUGUCAGUGGUUCAGACGGAGAUGAUACAUCAUGGAUUUCUUGGUUUUGCAAUUUGAGGGGAAAUGAAUUCUUUUGUGAAGUUGACGACGAGUACAUACAAGAUGAUUUCAAUCUUUGUGGCUUGAGCAGUCAAGUUCCAUACUACGACUAUGCACUUGAUCUCAUUUUGGAUGUUGAAUCUUCUCAUGGUGACAUGUUCACCGAAGAACAGAAUGAACUAGUUGAGUCGGCUGCUGAGAUGCUGUAUGGUCUUAUUCAUGUUAGAUACAUUCUAACUGGCAAAGGAAUAUCUGCAAUGCUGGAGAAGUAUAAAAACUAUGACUUCGGAAGGUGCCCAAGAGUGUACUGCUGUGGACAACCAUGCCUUCCAGUGGGGCAGUCGGAUAUUCCUCGUUCGAGCACUGUAAAGAUAUACUGCCCAAAAUGUGAAGACAUAUAUUACCCUCGUUCAAAGUAUCAAGGCAUAGUACAGUAGAACCAUUGCAAAGGAUGUCCUACCUUGCUGCAUGAUUAUGGUCGUUGCAUUCUCAAUUGAUUCAUACACGAAAGAUGAUUGAUCAUGUUUGGUUCUACAAUCUCAUGAAGGGCAUGCUUUUAUUAUUAAUAGAUAAACGAUGGCCAUUUGCCAUGUUUCUUGGUUUAUCGAGUGUGACGGUAAUUCUGCAGUCAGUCUAAGAUUCUCUGCAAGUUUUGCUUUUCUUGAUAUUUAGAGAAUAAGGGUGGGUUUGGAAUCAUUUUGGGUGGGUGUCCAGUGCCUUCGGAAAUUCUGUAAUCACCGAAAAUGAGUUUAGGAAGAGCACACAAGUAGUGAAUCUAUCAAAAGGGCAGAUAGAGGAGUGACUUUCACUUGAGUGUCGUUUUCUUCUAAAGUCGUCCCGAUCCUUGAUCUGUGCUGUUUAGUUAGAUUUGUCAUCUUGGAUAUUCAAUGGGCUGUAGAUAUAAAUGGAUCAUAUUUAUAAGUCCCCUUACGAAGGGGUUGGGUAUGGACGUGUUUCCAUUUUUUACUACAUGCUAGUCUUUGGCUUCUCUAUUUCAGUAAUGGUUGUGGAAUCAAGUGGUGGUUGAUGCUCUUAAUCAAAUAUUGGGUAGUUUAGUUCCCUUAUUCUUGUUACCUUUGCAUUUGAAUGCUUGCUAAAUCAAUCCUUUUAUGAAUCAUUCAUGCAAUUGUUAUUGCUUUGCUUGAUGAAGUGUUAGUACCCACCUCUAGUUUCCUUC